CUUUCAGCGACUCAUCUUGAAACUAUUGCCAUUGCAUCAUUUCAUUUUUGUUUGGAUCGCCGUCUGAACACAUCCCCAUGCGAUUGCUGCAGAUCCAUGGCAGCGACAAGCUCAGCCUUGUCGAGCUGUUGCCUGAUAAUCUCCCACCCUACGCCAUUCUUUCGCACACCUGGGGUCCUCCCAAUGAAGAAGUCACUUACCAAGAUUUUCUCGAUGGAAAAGGUAAAGAGAAGAUCGGUUACCGUAAACUCAUACGAUGCGGACAGCAAGCCGCUCAGGAUGGCUUCCAAUACUUUUGGGUCGACACGUGUUGUAUCGACAAAACAAGCAGCGCAGAGCUUUCGGAAGCAAUAAACUCAAUGUAUUCCUGGUACCAGUUAGCGGACGUAUGUUAUGCGUACCUAGCUGAUAUAGGUCCCAAGGAUAGCUUCACAACAAGCAAAUGGUUUACCAGAGGAUGGACGCUCCAGGAAUUGUUAGCCCCCGAGGAGAUGAUAUUCUUCGACGAGAAAUGGUUUCUCCUGGGCACUAGAGCGGGCCUUCGAGAACAAAUAUUCCAACGUACCCAGAUUCCAGUCAACGUACUCUCGCAAGCAGAGCCUCUUGAACAUUUCAGCGCUGCACAGAGAAUGUCAUGGGCUGCAGAGAGGAAAACGACGAGGAUAGAAGACAUAGCCUAUUGUCUGUUAGGCAUCUUCAACAUCAACAUGCCUUUGAUAUAUGGGGAAGGAGAAAAUGCUUUCAUCAGACUCCAAGAGGAAAUCUUGAAGAUAUCGGACGAUCAUAGUAUUUUCGCGUGGCGAUCAACCGAUGAUCGUGGUGGUUGCUUAGCUACUUCUCCAGCCUCAUUUCGCAAAUCCGGAAACAUUGUACAGUGCGUUACCUUAGACAGGUCCUAUGAUCCAGUCAUAUUGAGUGGUAAGGGUGUUCAUCUUAACGUUAGGUUUAUGGGUAUUGGUCACGACAAGCUUGGCUGUGCAAAACUCGAUUGCCAUGAACAAGGAAGUGGAGAUGAGCGGAUUUCCAUCUACGUGAGGGAUAUGAAUCUGACAAUGAAGCAAUUGAAGAGGGUCAAGAGCAAUGAGUUUGCGCAGACAAAUUUCGAGGAUUUCAUAUCAUCACGGUAUCCAGUUAGGAGAUUAUGCAUUCAAAAAUCGCGCGUAAAAUCGAGAUCGAAAAGCCAACUCUAUGGAGUGCCCAGGGUCAAUGCACCUAUGACAAUCGGUCCUGGACAGUUAUCGCGAAAAGAAACAAAAUCUAAAAGUCGCAAGUCGUUGCUUGAGGCAGUCAAAACAGGGAGCGAGGAUGAUGUAUGGCUGCUUUUGACAAGAGGAGACAUUGAAGUGAAUCAAAAAGACAAGGACAAGCAGACAGCUCUUACUCAUGCUGCAUGUAGUGGAAACGAGAGUAUUGUUCGGAUGUUACUAAAUCACACGGGCAUCGAUAUCAACCCUCGAGACAUACUUGGGCGGACGCCAACGUGGUGGGCAGCAAUAGAUGGACAUAGGGCAGUGGUCAGGCUUUUACUCGAAACGAGUAAAGUGAAGGUCAACCUACCAAACGAUAAUGGCUCAACACCAUUGUUCGUGGCAGCAGAUGCAGGCCAUUUGGAAAUAGUCGAACUAUUACUA